UUAUUAAAUCACAGAUGCCAUUGAGUGCACAGUGUGUCCAGAUGAGUUCUGGUCCAAUCUAGAAAAGGAUCAGUGUGUCCCCAAAGAAGUAGAGUUUCUAUCAUAUGAGGAUCCUCUGGGCAUCUCUCUGACCACUGCUUCUCUGCUUGGAACCUGCUUCUGUGCUCUUGUGAUGGUCAUCUUUACUCAUCACCAUAACACUCCCGUAGUACGUGCCAACAAUUCAGAGCUCAGCUUCUUGCUGCUGUUGUCACUCAAACUGUGUUUCCUGUGUGUGCUGCUGUUCAUUGGUCAGCCACACUUGUGGAAAUGUCAAUUAAGACAUGCUGUCUUUGGCAUAAGCUUUGUCUUGUGCAUCUCCAGCAUCCUGGUCAAGACUAUGGUGGUAAUAGCUGUGUUUAAAUCCUCUCGACCAGAGGGCAAAAGUGCGUUAAAAUGGUUUGGAGUAGCUCAACAAAGAUGCACAGUUCUGAUCCUAACAGCCAUCCAGGUUGUGAUUUGUGCAGUCUGGCUAUCAACUGCCUCUCCAACACCCCAUAAAAACAACCAGUAUAUCCACUCUAAAAUAGUAUAUGAAUGUGCUAUUGGCUCAGUGGCUGGUUUUUCUAUGCUGUUGGCAUACAUUGGACUGUUGGCAGCAGUAAGCUUCCUAUUAGCCUUCCUGGCGAGAAAUCUUCCAGAUAAUUUUAAUGAAGCAAAGUUUAUCACUUUCAGUAUGUUGAUCUUCUGUGCUGUGUGGAUUGCAUUUGUUCCAGCAUAUGUGAGCUCUCCAGGGAAAUAUGCAGUAGCUGUGGAGAUAUUUGCCAUUUUAGCUUCUAGUUUUGGAUUACUGGUGGCCAUAUUUGCCCCAAAGUGCUACAUCAUCCUUUUACAUCCAGAGAGAAACACUAAAAAAGCCAUCAUGGGAAGAGACACACAAAAGAAUUGA